GCGCUCAUCAUACUAUCCCACUCGCCGUUCCGUUGUUCGUACACGCUACACCUUGUCAACUGGACCACCUUGCGACACCAUGCUAACCACUCCCGCACAACUCCCUAGCCCGGUGGAAAGCCAGGAAAAUAACGUCUCAACCAACAACAACAAUAACAACGAUGCGGCCAGCACAGACAAGCGGAAACCAGUGCGCCGCGACCAAGAGAAACGACGUCAGCAAAACAUCAAGGCACAGAAAAAAUACCGCGACAAACUGAAGAGACGCCUCGAUCAACUCGAGACGCUCGCCGCCACCGUCGCUGAAGGCGCUGCAAUAGCUGAGACAACCACUCCUGAUGCCGUCGUCAUCACAACUCCUGCACCUUCAAGUGUGUCGUCGAGAAUAUCGUCACGAAGCAUCACAGCCGAUGGCCAGAUCAUGUGUCAUUACUUGGGACAAAGUCUCAGUGAAUAUAGCAGUGAAUCUACUGCCUUCUCUGACCUCGACCUCUCCACCUCCAUCUUCUCAAACUCUCCUUCGGACCUCGCCCCUUGCGACCCAGCCAGCUCCAUCGACAUGUCCAAUCUGAUCCAAACCGUCGACGCCACGUCGAGGUUGCAUCCUUGGAUUGAUUAUGUCGAGUGUGGGUGUGUCAGCCCCCACGUUCAGGCCAGCUCAGCAGUAGGCAUCAGCGGAUACCGCGAUCUGAAAGCGCUGAACCCCGACUUGAGCCCGUUCCCGGUCGACCCCGUUGACUACACGCUCAGUGUCGAACGCAUCUGCAUUGUGCGCGCAGUCACGGCAAACCGCCUGCAUCUCGGCAUCACCGAGGAAAUGCUCUGUCAUGAUGAUGCUGAAUCUCCCUUCUUCCGCCCUUUCCGCAACACCAUCGGCGAUUCUGGGAUUGAGGGCGUCGUCAGAACCAUGCAGUCCAUUUUCAAGAGUCUAAAGCCCGAUCUUAGGCCGAUAAAGGAACAGAUUAUGAUCAGACAUCAUCCCAUUAUCGAUCUUCUCCCAUUUCCCACGUUGAGAAAGAACCUGAUUAGCAAACAAGACUCCUUCUACAACCAGGAGCUUUACUAUGAUUUGAUUAGCGGAUUGGUCUGCUGGGCCGGUGUUGGAAGGUCUGCAGGAAAUUCUGCUCCCGGCAUACCAUCGACAAUCACGCCUUGGGACGGCAGAAGCUGGGAGGCUAGGACAUGGUUCUUGCAGAAGUACUGGACGGAAGUUGGCGGUGAAGAAGGAGAAUUAGUGCGACAGAGUGAAUGGUGGCGAAGAAUGAGGGGAGAGGACACUUCUCUUUGGCUAGGAGCCUAGAGGGCGCUAGCCUUGUUUAUCUCGUGACGUUCUAAUUUCUUUCAACAUGAUAUUUUAGCUGUUCGCUUAGGUUUCGUAUGAUAUAUGUGUGGUUCGAUUAGAACUUGGCGUUGAAUCGGGAGGGGGGAGUUUUGGCGUUCAAAGGAGAAAUAGUAGAUCAGAUCAUAUUCGAUGUUUGUCGACUUGA